UGUUUGCUUUCUCUGCGCCCACCGCUGCUGGUGCGUCGAACUAAAUCGAAAAAUUUGCCAUUGUAACUGUAAUUGUAAUUGUAACUGCGCUGUGAUGAGUCCUACAUCAAAGGGAAUGUGCAAGACGGCACUAUCGGUCCAAUUAUAAAUUGUAGCAGCUGCCAUGACUUAAACUCAAUGACCCAAGAUGAGGUGAGCGCGGGUAGGGCGCAUCAUCGUCAAUAUGGAGACAAGUCGGACCAUGGAGACAAGUAAAACGCGGAUGGCGCGGCAACGACCGCAGCGUCGCACUCGUGCUUUUGCGAGUUUCCUGUUUGUCACCUCCAGUGUUUCGGCGUUUAUCCUUCGGAAGAGGGCAGCACCAGAAUCGCAGCUAUUACCGAGCAGGAUGUUGACGUUUAGAAUACUCGACCCAAAAGAGGACCUCCACCCAGACCCACCGCUGGAGAUGAAUCUGUUGGAGCAACAUCAACUAAGUAGGAGGGGAGACACGACCACGCAGAGAAUCGCCACCGCACUGUCAAAGAUUUUCGCCUCCGCCAUCGAGGACCAACCUGGAGUUGGUGUGAAAGUGUAUGUUGAUUUAGGAGCAGGAGUCGGACCUCGAUGAAGGAUGAUUUUGACGAUGAAAAUAAAUCGUUGAUUUAAUACGACGAUGAAUUAUUUCCUUCGAGUAAUAAAAACUGGUUUCACCAAAUAUACUGAUGAUAAGGGUCCCGCAUAGACAAAUUUCAGUACUAGAAAUAGCAGAAAAAGUCGCUUCUGCCAUCGAGGACCAACCUGGAUGUUGAUUUAGGAGCAGGAGUCGGACACUUUUUAGUUAGCAUACUUACCUGGACUUGUAGUCGCUCUAAUACACAAGACCGCCAUAUCACCGGGUAGUCCAGAGAAUGGCGCUUCGUACGCAGUCCAGCUGGAAUUGUCGGGGGAUGCGCUCCAGGGCACACAAAAACGCUUUCAGACGCCACAGUUCGCGAGAAGCGUCAUGCAGGGAUUGCAAGCGGCAGGUUUUUCUAUCCCUCUGGACCAUCCUGCGUCACACAACAACUUUCUUCGUUGUCAUGAUUGACCCCGUGAGAGCACAUGUAAGGACGAUUCUUGCCUAAGAAAGUCAAGAAAGUGACACUCUUUAUCUGUACUAUGUCGAAGAAGCUUAUGUACACCCUAAACCCUGAACUCAGGUAUCAAAUCCAUUGCUGGAGACCUGAGUAUGAGUCCCGUUAAGCUUCAAGAGAAAGAGGUGGCACCUCGCAGAGUCGAUUCCAUACCAUUUUAUGUGGAACAUUUUGAGGAUCAUCACGGGUCCAAAUACAGAUGAAGGAGUGGUCAUCUCUAGGUAGGUCCCACACACCCUUGCACACGUCCACUGGAUCAUCUCCCAAAUCAGACCUCCUCUAACACAUAAGGACUUGUGCCGACGAUUUUUUUGCAUUAGGCAAAACCUGUCCGAAAACAAGUCUGCCGUUCGCGAACGAUACAGCGUGCAAUCUUUUGCCUUCAAUGGCAAAUGGAACGAAUGGAACUGGCGGAGGAUUGGCCAAUGGAACAGCGAUGAUUCAAACGGUUAUGUUCACUGAUGGUUGAGGUCUCAUCUUGAGCAAUGCGAAGUUUUCAUCCUACCCCUAAAGUUACAUGGUCCUACGGUCUUCGUCUUUCCCUCAGUGAGAAAGAUGACUUCAUUUUUGAUCUAGAAGACUCAAUCUGAUGAAACUUGGAACAAGAUUUCUUUCCGUGAUCCUCCUUACAAAAUUUGUCUUCAUCCACACCUUCUAAAAGGCGCAACGCCACUCUCGCUCUAUCGAAGACGAAGCACUGUGCACCAACCGAUUGCUGCUCAACUCCGGAAACUUUGACUGAUUUGUGGUGUAUAGCACCCAAGGUGUUGAAGAUGUGGGGAAACUACACACUAUCGAAUCUAGCAGACGUUUUCAAGUCCACGAAUGGCACUCUAGCUACGGCACUCUGCGGAAAGGAGAAAAAAGUGGAGAAUAUGCUCUUAGAGGGGGUCCAGAACCUCUUAAGCGAUACAGAUGUUCGAAAACGAUACGUUUUAGAUGUUGGCAUAGGGCCAGCUAGUUGCGACUUCGGAUUCGUUGGAUUGCCGGUUUUUAUAGGGGGAUUCGGCAAGCUCAAAGACUUUCGGGAAGUCAGAGAUAAGGUCACGCCAAAACGAUUGUUUGAGCAGUUACGAAGAGUAUUGUGACUGCAAAAGUAGUGUGAAUGCUUAGCUUCAUCCUGCCGGUAGGUGCUAUAAGCUUAUCCCGGAUCAUGCACAGAAUAGCAUUUCACCUUGAAACUACUAGUAGUUGUACAACCACGACCGCUUGCUUCUAUCUUUGGUAAGUACUUAAGCACCAUGACCACCUCUUCACCUUCCCGCACACCAUCGCUACCCCACCACCACCAUCGUCACUACACUCCUACCCCUUUCAUCUCUAGUCGUGGACGCGCAGAAGCAGUUGGAAUUUCCUCUGAACCUAGUAGUCGCGGACACAGCACAGGCGUAUGGAAUGGCCUCAGAGACAGUGGAGUAUCCUUCUAAAUCGUCCAUGGUGGAUUGUUACGGCUGAAGAUGGUUCUGUUUAAUAGUUUUCUUGAUAGUAGUUUUUGUUUUUCAUUCAGUUUCUUUCUUUUGAGUAAAAUAGUUUCUUGAAAAAUUCUAAGGCCAAUCAUGAGACUGUUUUUCUUACUACGUACUUCAUCAAGGGAACCACUUCUUGUUCUCCUUCUACAUAGAAGCACUUUCUAUUGUAGCUCUAACUUCUGUUCAAACCCUUGAAGCAUAGAUGUUCUGCCGUGAACAUGCUAUCAGAAAACCUGCAAGUAUUGCCGACGAACCUGUGGAGUUACGGAGUCGAUGGAAGUAUAGUGGGCACGUGGGUUAUUGCGAGUUGUUAUCAGUUUACGGAUAUAACAUGCGGGUCUGAAGACUUGAUGGCUGGGAAAGUUAGCCAGGUAAUGGAUGUGAUGUGAUUACUAAAUCACGUGAUGGCUGGAAAGGUUAGCAAGGUAAUCUUGAUGUGAUGUGAUUAUACUGAAUUUGAAAUUUCAAAUUUGUCCCGUAAUGUUAGAAGUUGCUCUUGGGUGCGUUGUUGAAUCAUAAUCAUUAAAUCAUUUGUUAUAUAGCAGCUGUUGACUGAGAUAUGGUCACGGUUAAGACUAUAGAAAUUGUUGAUCAGGUGUUCCACGAAAUGCUCGGUCCGACAUUGCAGUACCCAGUAAAAAUCGAAGCAGGCGCUGGUGGAACCUUGAACAUUUUUGCAGCUGCCGAAGUCCACACCGGUGGAUGCGCUGGUCCCAAUGCUGGCACCACGCAGAGAUAUAUCGAUGUGCGCCUGACCCAGUUCGCCCCUGCGGACACAACCACGAUCCUCGAAGCCUUGGAUUCUGAGACGUUCAAACAAGAAUUGUCUGAUAGAAUUUUAUGUCCUCAGAGUUCAGGUGCAUAGAUUUUUCUAGCUGAAUUUUCCAGUUUUUUUAUACGAUUGAUGGAUAAUUUGCAAUCUUCUAACAUCAUUCUCAGCCUACUCCAGGAAAGAGGGAUGCAAGCAGAGCGAUUUUUUCUGGGCCUACGAUGCGGGAGGAGAGCCUCAUACGCAAGAGUGGACGAGCCCAGUUUGAAGAUAGCUUUUCGAAGAACAUCUAAAGAUAGAGGAUCCUGGAUUACACUGCAUUUCUACAGCAACACACUACGACCCCCACAUGAUGGCGACCAGCUAGCUAAAGAGGCCUGGAUUACCGUUUCUUGGAAAGAUGAAAAUGAAAAUCUAGAGACUUCUGAGAUCACUCAUAGAACCAAAAAAAAAUUAGAGAUCAGCAAUCAAAAAUCUAGAGAUGACCAUGAACAAGUCACUAGUAGAACAUCCAUUUUGUAGACAUCAAUCAAAAAAAACCUGAAGACGGCUCUCGUCAAUUCUUAUGCUUCAAAAGGAUCCAAGAUAAGGGGGCCGAGAUGCAAUCUAGCAGACUCUAAUUCAAAAUAGAAUCUGGUCACUGCGAACAAUACGAAGAGGACACUCUCACUCUUACUCAGCACUCUCCACACUGACUCGGCUUGUUUUUACUUAUUCUCACUUACGCUAAGAGUUGCCGCAACAUACAAUCACGGUAGUCUCAGUGCGAGAAUUGAAAUGAAAAAGAAUGAAUCUUCUUCGUGUCACAAGUCCUUUUUACAUCUUCAAAUCUGCUGCAAUGCUAAACAAGGUUGCUAACAAACUCAUCGAAUUCCAGAGUGUCGGAGCCUCUUGGAAGAGACCGAAGACAGCCGGGCAGGAUCGAUGAUCAUGAUGAUGAAGGAUGAUGAUGAUCGCAAACAAUGAC